AUGGGCGAGGACCACACCGGAACCGAUGACUGGCUUCAGAUCCGUACCAUGAAAGCUGAUGACGUAGACCAGGUUCUUGACAUGUGGAGGGAACUGGGCCGGCAUCGAGACGUGGACAACCUGAACAUCUUCUACCAGGCGGACCCUGAGGGCUUUUUCGUCGCUAUCGACACCAGGAGUGGGCGGCUGGUGGCCACCUGCUGCUGUGUGAGGCAGCACCCAUCGCUCUUCAGCAUCGGCAUGUACGCUGUGGUGAAGGAGCUCCAGGGCCGUGGCCUGGGACUCCGCCUUUGGAAGACCGCGAUCCGGCGGAUGGGCGACUCCAACGCGAGCCUCAACUGCUACGCCACAAACGUCGGCCUGUACCGAGACCGCGCUGGCUUCGCUCUGGUUGAACCCUGGGUCAUAGUGGUCUUCACCAGCUCAGCCGUGACAGCAGAUAGGCUACCGGAGCCGUCAAAGGAACUUCGCGUGGUGCCCGUUGGCACGCUGCUCCCGCAGGUGAUCGCGUACGACAGGUCAGUCCACCGCUAUGACAGAACAGAGGUGGUUACGUUGACUGUCCGCGACCCCCACGGGUUCACGAGGGCCGUCGUACGUCGUCAGGCGGGACGGGACGUGGUGUGCGGCUUCGGCAGGAUCGGCAGGAGCGUCCUAGGAGGAGCCAUCCUCGGGCCAGUGUACGCCGAGAAUGUCGACGUCGCCGGUGCCCUCCUGAGGGUGCUUGUCGAGGGCUACCCGCUGGCUCGGGACGGCCUCUGCAUGAAGGUGCCGGGCUGCAACCCCGACGGCUGCGGGCUGGCUCGGAGUCUCGGCUUCGUAAAGUGUUCCGAAGUGCUCCGUUGCUACCGGAAUGAAAAAACGCAAGCGCGAGUAGAACACAUCUACGCUCUGCACGACAAUAACUUCUGCACCUUCUGA